AUGGCUCCUCCUGCGAGCCAGAAUGCUUCCGAGAAUGACGUGGCGUCAAGCCCAGAUGCCAGUUCACGGGGGUUUGUGGCAGUCAAUCGCGCCUCGAGCAACGAAAGCGAUGCCUCGCUAGAUAGUCGACACUCAUCUCCACCAGACCACCUUCUCAGGGACGAGCCUGUACCUAGAAGUUCGAGCGGCACGUAUCCACCCCCGCAUAGCCAGGAACGCGCGGGCCAUAGGCGGAAGCGGUCCGGGUCUGGUGACGACGAGCCUUAUCUUGAACGGCGGCGGUAUGAGUAUAGCCCCCGGGAGGGCCCUGAACCACAACACAUGGCCAACCGGGCAUUGCGUGUCCUAGGAAGUGCUGAUCACAAUGCCACAUCUGCAUACUUUCAGAAUGAUGCAAACCAGAAUGGUCAUACGUGGCAUGCAGAGAAGCGUGCACAACCUGCCAGCUCCGUCAAUGGCCGUCGGCCCAGCACCUCCGAGUCGCAUCACGGGGAAACGUUACAGCAAGAAGCCAAUGGAACGGAGGCACAGCCCUCACAUUGGGGCUCGGACUAUCAACCUCGACCCAAUGGCCAACUUAAUCACGACCAGUAUGGUCAUCCCGAGUCAGCAACGGGCGCAUCAACGGUCGCGCCAAAAAGGAAACGUAAUUUCUCCAACAGAACAAAGACCGGAUGCAUGACGUGCCGACAACGGAAGAAGAAAUGUGAUGAAGGCCAGCCAUAUUGUAACAACUGUCUUCGAGGUGGUUUCAGCUGUAAAGGCUACAACCUGAACAGGCGGGCGAAUCCGCCCAAGCCCACACUCAAUAGAGGCCCGAUUCCAUUACAGUCCAGGGAUGGUCCUGGUGACGUGUCUGAAGCAUCACCUUAUCAGGGACCUCACAUGGAAACUCCCGGCACGAGCAAUCCUCUCAAACGUCAGGACAGUGUUCAGUCGCGACCAAGUACGGUCGGUGGUAGUGAAGGACAACACCCCGCGACGUAUGAGCUGAGUCCACAACGCAAUGAGCCAGCGACCCGACCACUUCGUCCCAACCAGCAUAACCCCUGGCCGCCCGCGCAAGGUCAAAGUUCUUAUACCUCAGAGCAUCUCCCUCCACUGUCGGAUUUGAGUCGAUCAGAAUUACAUCCAAGUGCAAACCCGCGAGAAAUGUCGCGCGUGCCACCUCAAAGUGCCGGAUACCCUCCAUCACAUGCCCCUCCCGCACCGCCGCCACCGCCGCCGCCCGCGCCUUCGAACCAAGCUCCGCUGGGACCACACCAUCAACAGCACUUUGUUCCUCAACAUGCAGCGCCCCAGCCUGUAGGUCCUAGCGUCGCUCAUCAACCGCCAGCGGGCCCGCCUCAACAGCAGUUACAGUGGCACCAGCCACAACAGCCAGCGUCGUAUGGGCAUACAUAUGGCCCUCCUCCACCGGGCCCUCCACCAGCUCAUGCUAGCGUUCCGAGUCAUACUCGAAUGACAUCCUCCAGCACCAGCUUCAAGGUAUCCGGCCAAGAAGACGUGGAGAAAUCCAAGAUGUUGAGGUCGGUCAACUAUAUCCACAUGGACCCGACAUUGGUCUAUGAGCGUCAACGUUGUGAGCGGGCCCUGCAGCGCUAUAACGCGGCGUGCCAACUAGAUAGCGGGAUAGGGGAGCAGGAGGUCCGCAAUCUGUUGAUGAAGGUGCUCGAUCCUAGCCAGGAUACGACGCAUCGAUUUCCUUCACAGUUUCACGGCAAAGGCUAUCUUGGGAUUGGGGUUAAGAUCGAGACGCCUUUCACUUGCACCUAUGGCUAUAACCUCCGAAUUCACGACGAUGUCUACGUUGGCAAGGGUUGUAACUUUGACGAUGCUGGUGCGAUUGAGAUCGGGCCUCGCACCAUCAUCGGGCCCGGCGUCACCAUCUUGACCAGCGACCACAACAAGGAUCUCGUCAAUCGCAAGGGCACCAAGGGUCUCUGGAUCGCAAACGAUGUGCUCAUUGCAGCCGGGGUCAUUAUCGGCGCCAAAGCCAUCAUCUAUCCAGGCGUCAAGAUUGAUGAAGGUGCCACGGUCGAACCGGGAGUGCUGGUUCGCGAGUCAUUGAGAACAAAUCAGAUACUUCGGGCGCCGCCGGCUCAGGUCAUCGAUCCACUUCCACACUAG